AUGAAAACCAGAUUUACAACUGUGGAUAUCAGGGCAGUCAUUGCCGAAAUCAAUGCCAACUACAUUGGCAUGAGAGUCUACAACGUGUAUGACAUCGACAAUAAGACAUAUCUCAUCCGUCUACAGAAGCCGGACAGUAAAGCUGUUCUCCUGAUUGAGUCUGGAACUCGAAUUCACUCCACAGACUUCGAAUGGCCCAAGAACAUGAUGCCUUCGGGCUUUGCAAUGAAAUGUCGAAAGCACCUGAAGUCGCGCCGGCUGACAGAGGUUAAGCAGCUUGGGAUUGACAGGAUUGUGGACAUUCAGUUUGGCUCAGAUGAGGCUGCCUACCACUUGAUCAUUGAGCUAUACGACAGGGGUAACAUCAUACUUACUGACUAUGAGUACACCAUCCUAAAUCUGCUGAGAUUUCGCACAGCAGAAGCGGAAGACGUUAAGAUUGCUGUGAGGGAACGGUACCCUGUGGAGAAUGCCAGACCGCCUGAACCUGUCAUAUGUUUGGAGCGACUCACUGAAAUCCUAAGCAAAGCACAAGAUGGAGAUCAAGUGAAAAGGGUUUUGAACCCUCACCUCCCCUACGGAGCCACUCUGAUCGAACACAGCUUGAUAGAGGCAGGUCUUGCGGGCUCUGUCAAAAUGGACAGUCAGGUUGAUGCUGCUGAAGUUGCACCUAAAAUCUUGGAAGCCUUGCAAAUUGCAGAAACCUACAUGGAAAAGACGGAGAACUUUAGUGGUAAAGGCUACAUAAUACAAAAGAGUGAGAAGAAACCUAGUCUGGCUCCGGGCAAACCCAGUGAAGAACUGCUCACAUAUGAUGAAUUCCAUCCUUUCCUCUUUGCCCAGCACACAAAGAGCCCUUAUUUGGAGUUUGAUACUUUUGACAAAGCUGUGGAUGAGUUCUUUUCUAAGAUGGAGAGUCAGAAAAUUGACAUGAAGGCCUUGCAUCAGGAAAAACAGGCUCUGAAGAAGUUGGAAAAUGUUAAAAAGGACCACGUGCAGAGACUUGAGGCCUUACACCAAGCACAGGCGGUGGACAGAAUAAAGGGUGAACUUGUGGAGAUGAACCUGCCUAUAGUCGAGAGGGCACUACAGGUGGUGCGGAGCGCCCUGGCCAACCAGGUGGACUGGACAGAAAUUGGGAUUAUUGUCAAAGAAGCACAAGCCGCUGGGGACCCUGUGGCCUGUGCAAUCAAAGACCUGAAGCUGCAGACCAACCACAUCACCAUGCUUUUAAAGAAUCCCUAUAUUUCUGAAGAUGAACAAGAGACGGAGGAAAAAACACAUGAGGUGGAGGCGAAAGGGAAGAAAAAUAAGAAUAAAGACAAAGGGCAGAGCCAGAAACCUCAAAGGAACAAGCCCCUGUUGGUGGAUGUGGAUCUCAGCCUGUCAGCUUAUGCUAAUGCCAAAAGGUACUAUGACCACAAACGCAGUGCUGAAAAAAAGGAACAGAAAACCAUCGAGGCGGCAGAUAAGGCUAUGAAAUCUGCAGAGAAAAAAACACACCAAACUCUGAAAGAAGUUCAGACAGUGACCACCAUCCAGAAGGCCAGGAAGGUCUACUGGUUUGAGAAGUUCCUGUGGUUCAUCAGCUCAGAGAACUAUCUAGUCAUCGCAGGAAGGGACCAGCAGCAGAAUGAGAUAAUUGUCAAACGGUACCUCCGGGCAGGAGACGUCUACGUUCAUGCGGACCUCCAUGGAGCAACGAGUUGCGUCAUCAAAAACCCGUCAGGGGAGCCCAUCCCUCCCCGUACUCUGACAGAGGCCGGCACCAUGGCGGUGUGCUACAGUGCGGCAUGGGAUGCCAAGAUUAUAACCAGUGCUUGGUGGGUUCAUCAUCAUCAGGUGUCUAAAACAGCCCCCACAGGAGAGUAUCUGACCACGGGGAGCUUCAUGAUCAGAGGAAAGAAAAAUUUCCUCCCUCCCUCUUACUUGAUCAUGGGUUUUGGAUUCGUCUUCAAGGUGGAUGAGCAGAGUGUCUUCCGGCACAAAGGGGAACGAAAGGUAAAAACCAUAGAAGAAGACAUGGAGGAGGUCACAUCCAGAGCUGCUGAGCUGCUAGAGGACGGCGAGGAGCUGAUGGGGGACGACAGCAGCAACGAAGAUCAGGGAGAGGAACACACCGCAGACGGAGAACAGAAAGAAUGGAAAAAAGAGACAAAGACGGAGAACGCUGAGAUGGAGGACGAUGAUGCGAGCGGAGACAUGGACGCUGAUCGGGAUGAAACUGAUCGGGACCCAGACGAGAUGCAGUCUGUCCAGAACAACGAGGAGGAAGACGGUGAUGAUGAGACAAAGAGUGAAGAAUUCAGUUUUCCCGAUACAACCAUCUCCCUUUCCCACUUACAGUCUAGCAGGAAUGCUCAGAAUCCUGGUUUCAAAAAGGAAACAACAGCUCAGGCAACUAUUACUGGGCUUACAAAUUCCAGUCAUUACACACUUAUUGAACUAGAUACACUGAGAGAAGAGAAGAAAAAGAAGCAGAAACAGGAGGGUUUUGAUGCUGAGGAGAAUGCUGAGAUUUCAUCUGCUGGACCUGAGAUUUCAUCUGCUGGACCAGCUGAGGAUCAGGGCUCCAAAGGUGGUGGUGGGCCCUCACAGCAACCUCUGAAAAGAGGACAAAAGAACAAACUAAAGAAGAUCAAGGAAAAGUACAAAGACCAGGAUGAAGAGGACAGAGAGCUGAUGAUGCAGCUGCUUGGGUCAGCCGGCUCAACCAAGGAAGAGAAGGAAAAAGCGAAGAAAGGAAAAAAAGGGAAGGGGAAAGAAGAGCCUGUCAGGAAGCCGACCGCUCAGAAACAACAGCAGAAACCUCGGAACGUGGUGAUGAAACCAGAGCAAAUGGGAGGGGUGGAUGAGGGCGAGAGACAGAGAGAGAGGCCACCCGCAGAGGAGCAAGGUCCUGCAGAACAGGAAGACAAGGAAGAUGAGGUUGACCAGGACAACCCUGGGGCAGAGGAAGCAGAGAACCUGCUCACCUCUUUAACUGGCCAGCCUCACUCUGAGGAUGUGCUGCUUUUCGCUGUCCCCGUCUGUGCUCCAUACACGGCCCUGUCCAACUACAAACACAAAGUGAAGCUGACACCGGGCGCUCAGAAGAAAGGAAAAGCUGCUCGAACGGCGGUGCUCAGCUUCAUGAAAUCCAAAGAGGCUUCGUCCAGAGAAAAAGACGUGUUCCGCAGUGUCAAGGAUGCGGAUCUGUCCAGAAACAUGCCUGGGAAAGUUAAGGUGUCUGCUCCAAACCUACUGGCUGCCAAGAAGAAAUGA